AAACAUGAAGAGCCCAAUGACCUACAGUUUUAUUUUCAAAGCUCUGAACUCAUUCGGAUCGCGUCAAUCACCAAUAUAGCUCUUCCCCUCCAGGCUUUCGCUGCAAGCCGUAAGAGGAGAAAAAAAAAAGGACCGCCCCAGUAGCUCGUCGCACCUCUCCCCUCUUCGCUUUCAUCUAGCUCCCUACAGUCCUGAUCACAAAACCUGCAAACAAAUUUUACUUAACCGCUGCGUCUUCGUCUCGAGACCGGGAUCUCUACGUCGUUCUCACUUCGUCUUGCUGAUGGGUUGCGCUUCCUCCAUUCCAGAUAAGAAUGCUGGACGCUCAGACAAUUUGAAUUUAGAGCAUUCUGGCAUUAAUGACCCAAAAAACAUUCGAGUCAAGUUGGUAUUACUGGGAGAUUCUGGUGUUGGUAAAAGCUGCAUUGUUCUACGCUUUGUUCGAGGACAAUUUGACCCUACAUCCAAGGUGACUGUUGGUGCAUCAUUCUUAUCGCAAACCAUUGCAUUACAAGAUUCCACAACAGUUAAAUUUGAAAUAUGGGACACCGCUGGGCAGGAGAGGUAUGCUGCAUUGGCUCCGCUUUACUAUCGAGGUGCAGCAGUUGCAGUUGUUGUGUAUGACAUAACAAGUCCUGAUUCAUUUCUUAAAGCGCAAUACUGGGUUAAGGUACUAAAGACCAUUCAUUUGGUGCUCAGAAUCCAAUCUGAAUUCCUGUUUUUCGGAUUAUGCUGUUCUGGGCAUUGUUACCUUGCG